UGCUAAUCACAAUAAUCGAGUGGUUCAGUGGCUCAGGCCAAAGCCUGCUGCCGGUGAUAGUUUGUUUCGUGUUUGAGAACCAACUCAUUGCAACUUGAGACGUGGCGGAAAACACUGUGGAGCAGAAUUUGAAUAAAAUUUUCUAAUCACUUUAACGUCUUGAGAAAUUUUCCACCAUGUCCGACCAAAAGACAGUGCCUAACAGCAUUAAGUUCGUCAUUGGUGGAACUUCAGGAAUGGCAGCUACCUGUUUUGUACAGCCGUUAGAUUUAAUAAAAAAUCGUAUGCAACUCAGUGGUACGAAGACAUCCACACUGUCUGUGAUUUCGUCGAUUAUAAAAAAUGAAGGCUUUUUGGGAAUGUAUUCGGGCCUCUCCGCGGGUCUUAUGAGACAAGCCACCUACACGACCACUAGGCUGGGAAUCUACACUUGGCUCUUCGAAUUAGCCUCGAAAGAUGGGCAACCUAAUUUCCUGACAAAAGCUGCAUUAGGUAUGGCAGCUGGAUCCGUCGGGGCAUUCGUCGGGACGCCUGCUGAAGUUGCACUUAUUAGAAUGACUGCAGAUGGAAGAUUACCACUAGCUGACAGACGUAAUUAUAAAAAUGUUUUCGAUGCUUUGUUCCGUAUUACCAGAGAAGAGGGAAUACUUACUUUAUGGCGUGGUGCCAUUCCAACCAUGGGACGAGCUAUGGUAGUAAAUGCAGUUCAACUUGCAUCAUAUUCACAGGCUAAGCAGGCCUUGUUAGAUACAGGAUACUUCGAGGAAAACAUCGUUCUUCACUUUGCCAGUUCAAUGAUUUCCGGUUUAGCCACCACUGCCGCUUCAAUGCCCGUGGAUAUUGCCAAGACAAGAAUCCAAAACAUGAAGACGAUAGAUGGUAAACCCGAAUUCAAAGGGACCAUAGACGUGCUGACAAAGGUUGUACGAAACGAAGGAAUCUUCGCACUUUGGAAGGGCUUCUUCCCAUACUACGCACGUAUAGGACCUCACACCGUACUGACCUUCAUCUUCCUGGAGCAAAUGACUUCAGCCUAUAAGAAACAUCUAGCUUAGACAAAUCGUCGCUAGAAGUUAAUUAUUUCCAUGUUCGUGUAGAUAAAAAAUUCUCUAAGAUAUAAUAAUUGGCACUGAUUCGAGCAACACUCAGUGCCUGGAAAAAUUUAGAAUGUUUUUAAACAAAGAAUUAAUUUUCAUGGCACGGUUCGGGAGUUAUAUUGAAUUUCUAAUUGAGUAAACUCAGCCAUUCAUUUAGUUUGCAAAUACCUGCACUACAAGUAUCAAAACAUUAUCGUUCCAACACAAUUCGUUGACGUCACUUGUUUCUGUUUUCUACGAUCCUCAUUAUGUAAACAUAGGGCCUGUUGCGAUUUUUCACAAUGCACCAGAACAACACAUUCUAAUAACAUUCUUUACAGAUGGAGUACGGCUGGCUCGACUCCGAACUUUAUACGCGUUAUUCUUUUAGAACGUCUAUUUGUUGUUACAACGUAAAAAAGUUAUAUGGCAUAAAGAGGGUGGCGCUAAAAACACUAUUAAGAAAUAGAAUUUUAAAAGGUACAAGACAAAUUGAUACUUAUAGGGUUUUAUAAUAUACAUUGUUAGAUUGUCAUAUCUCCUUAUUGGAGGAAACAUGCAUAAGGAAAGGAAGAAAGGAUAUAUUUUUAGAAUUGAUUAUCUUUGGAAUUUGUCGAAUUUUCAAUCCCGCUCUUUUUUCUAUUUAAUUGUACGUAUCAUUAUUUUGCGCCACCCUAUAAUAUUUGUAAAGUCCCUUUUGUCUAACGAUGUAUUAUAACGGUGUAUAAUAUAUAUUUUUAUUUUAUCAAAUUGAUAAAUUAGGCCGUCGCAAGUCAGUCGAAUGCCUGAUACGUUAUGAUCUUUUAUGUAGGGUCCUUAAAAAAACUAACAGUAUAUUCUGAAAAUGUAUUAUACACACAAAAACUCGUUAUAAACAUCAUUAUUAUACAGUGCUUAAUUUUCAUCGCCGUGGCGUAUUUAAUAAACGUCUAUCAUUACAAACGUA